AUGUCAAGACCUCCAGCACAUCCUAAAGGCUGGGCACCAGCACCAUCGGUGAAUUCUCCGCCUGUGUCUUUCAGACCUGCGACUCCAACACGACACUCGCCGAUCCACCGUCUCCCACCACCGUACAUUCCUUGCCCAAAACCGAUGAGACCCACAUCAUCUCCAUUGCCUGCUACUGUACCACAACCUUUUAGAUACCCAUCACCGUGCCCAUCACCGCAAGUAUAUGAACCGUCUACAUCAAUGCCGUCGUAUAGACCUCGAGAAUUUGUGGUACUCGAAGCUCCGUCACCGCAACAGUGGUCAGACGAAGAAAAUAUGACCGAUGGUCGUUCAACAGCGGAAAUAAUUGCGCAACAAUCACAGGAUUAUGUUGAUGAAAAAUUAGCAGAAUAUCAGGCUACAAUUUACAUGCUACAAGGUAAUAAUGAUAAAACAUCCUAA